AUGUCCAUGCCUGGAGAUACCAUGUUUUCUUCUCAUUCCACUGUCCAUGUCUGGAGAUAUCAUGUCUUCUUCUCAUUCCACUGUCCAUGUCUGGAGAUACCAUGUUUUCUUCUCGUUCCACUGUCCAUGUCUGAGAUAUCAUGUCUGCUUCUCGUUCCACUGUCCAUGUCUGGAGAUAUCAUGUCUUCUUCUCAUUCCAAUGUCCAUGCCUGGAGAUACCAUGUCUUCUUCUCAUUCCACUGUCCAUGCCUGGAGAUACCAUGUUUUCUUCUCGAUCCACUGUCCAUGUCUGGAGAUAUCAUGUCUUCUUCUCGUUCCACUGUCCAUGUCUGGAGAUACCAUGUCUUCUUCUCUAUUCCACUGUCCAUGUCUGAGAUGCCAUGUUUUCUUCUCAUUCCAAUGUCCAUGUCUGGAGAUAUCAUGUCUUCUUCUCAUUCCACUGUCCAUGUCUGGAGAUAUCAUGUCUUCUUCUCGAUCCACUGUCCAUGUCUGGAGAUAUCAUGUCUUCUGAUUCCACUGUCCAUGUCUGGAGAUAUCAUGUCUUCUUCUCAUUCCACUGUCCAUCUCUGGAGAUAUCGUGUCUUCUUCUUUCAUUCUAAUGUCCAUGUCUGGAGAUACCAUGUCUUCUUCUCGUUCCACUGUCCAUGUCUGGAGAUACACUGUCCAUGUCUGGAGAUACCAUGUUCUUCUCAUUCCACUGUCCAUGUCUGGAGAUACCAUGUUUCUUUUCAUUCUAAUGUCCAUGUCUGGAGAUACCAUGUUUCCAUUCUGGAGAUUCCACUGUCCAUGUCUGGAGAUAUCAUGUCUUCUUCUCAUUCCACUGUCCAUGUCUGGAGAUAUCGUGUCUUCUUUUCAUUCUAA